AUGAUUGUACUUGGUGACUCUUAUUCCGAUAAUGGGAAUGGAGUAUUUAAAAUAUCAGACGGUUCCUUCCCCCCUCCUCCAUAUUUUGAAGGAAGAUUUACUAAUGGUCCAGUUUGGGUCGAAUAUUUAUCAAAGAAACUUGGUUUGAAUUCAGUCAAUUAUGCUGCAGGCGGCGCAACAAUAAAUUCUUUGUCUGUACCUAGUUCAUCUGGAUUUAAUGAUGAAAUUGAAGUUCCUGGGAUUAGACAACAAGUUAAUGAUUAUGUGAAUGAAGCACAUGAAGAAGGAAUAAGUUAUAAAGGAAAUGAAAAUUUAUAUGUGGUUACAUCUUUUGGUAAUGAUUAUAUUCAUACAAUUAGACAUGGUCCAGGAAUAGUUAGUCCUGAACAAGUAAUCGGUCAAUUUAUAACUAAUUUACAAACAUUAUAUAUUGAAGUUGGAGCUGUUAAUAUAUUGGUUACAACUUUACCAAAUAUUGCUGAUUUUCCGGGAUUUUCAAGAUCAAAUGAAUCGGAAAGAGCUUUUUUAUCAAAACUUGUUAAUGAUCAUAAUAUGUUACUUAAACAAGCACUUGACGUUUUAAAAUUUGAUUUUGGUAAAAUUAAAACUUUUGUAAUUGAUAUUGAAAAAGUUUUUGAAAAAUUUUCUAAUCAAAAUUCAAAUGUACCAUGUUUAACUAUUAAUCAUUAUGGUACUCAUGUUUGUGAUUAUCCUGAUGAUUUCUUGUUUUGGGAUAAUCUUCAUGUUACUACUAUUGUACACGAAGCAAUUGCUUUAGAAGCUUAUAAAUUAUUAACAUGA